CAGUGACAGGGGUGCCCAUACCCCAGACAGGGAUCACGUGUCCAGGUCAGGGGUCCGUGGACGAGGCCAAGAAGAAACUCGUCGUGUCCUGGAAGCUCUGUAAGUCUUCAGUCAGUGGUUGUAUGACGUCAGUUGGCUACGUCCGAAUACGCUCACUAGUUGUUUGGCCAUGGUCAAAGAGACUCCCAAUAGAUUACCUAGAGCUCUAAGAAAGCUCACCUGUAUCUCUCCUACUCUGUCCGAUACUAAUUUAAUAAUCCAUUUGUAAAAUAUGCCAUAGAGAUCAAUAGUGUUACCGUAAUCCUUCAAAUAAAUUCAAUGAGGAUCUGGUCUAGUAGGGAAAAUAAAAGUCAAUCAAAUCCAACUUCAAUAAACAAUGCAUCAAUAUUAAUUUGUACACAUCUUUCAUCCGAGUCUUACAAAAAUAACAACUUGUAUACAUUUGGUCAAGUCUUGAGGAAGAUAAUAAAUUGUAUAGUGUACUAUUGGUCGGGUCUUGGGGAAGAUAACAGAAUGUAUAGUGUACUUUUGGUCGGGUCUUGGGGAAGAUAACAGAAUGUAUAGUGUGCUUUUGGUCAGGUUUGGGCAAUGAUAACAAAUUGCAUUUUGUACUUUUGGGCGAGUUUUGAGGAAGAGAACAAAUUGUAUAGUGAAUUUCUGGACUUAUCAAGCAAUAAAUCGUUUAUAAGAUUCAGCAAGCUUAUAAAUAUUUAUUUUUUACCUCCAAACCUACAAAUAGAGGGAAAUAUUUGAAACUAUUUGGUGCGUUGAGCAUGUCUUGCUUUACACGUAUUGGUGUACAUGUAUUGGUGUACAUGUCUUGGUGAACAUGUCUUGAUGCACAUGUCUUGGUGUACAUGUCGUGCUGUACAUGUCUUGCUGUACAUGUCUUGGUGUACAUGUCUUGGUGAACAUGUCUUGGUGCACAUGUCUUGGUGAGCAUGUCUUGGUGUCCAUGUCUUGGUGUACAUGUCUUGUUUGUCCAAGGUUAUUGAUAAAAUCACCUCCAUCACAGCCCCUGUGAAGACCCAACUUGUCACAGAAUGCCCUGGCGUACAAUCCUGUUACGACCAGAGCGACGAAGUGUACGCUGAUUCCCUAUACUCAUUCGACCCGAAGAGAGUGUGUCGGUAAGAUUGAACGCUUAUCUUGUUUGUAUCAUUGAAUGGGUAGGCUUUUGGUUCCAACCGGAAGUGUAGGAUGGGGAGUGCAGAGGGGGCCUUUCCGCCCUGGGUGACACUUUUCUAUACGUUAAGGGGUGGCAUUUUAGACCAACUUUUUUUCGAAGUUGUGGGGAGUCAAAAACAUGGCCCAUCCCGGGGCGCUCUAACCGUAGCUACGCCCCAUAGGGUUCUAACUCAAUGUUUAGACAUUCGGUGAAGCGUGUAGUCGAAGUAGAGUUUAAUUAUAAAUGGCAUCUAUUUUCUAUGACAGCUAAAAAAAAAUUGCAUACAAAUUAAGCAUGGGUUAUACUGAACAAUUUCUGUCACCAGAAACCAGCUCAACAGCCUUAGAUGUGAGGAGAAAGCCGCGUGCGGGUGUGGUCAAAGAGAGGCUCGCGUGGCCGCCACACAGAAGGCAAUACUUGACCACAACGCUAACUGUUCCAGAUGUGAGUAAACGUUUGAUUUGUGAUUGAGUGUUAUCAGAUCGAUCCAUACAUCACUAAAACUCAAAGCGGUUCUCUGAGGUGCCAUUGCCCAAACGUUUAUUUUCAAAUUACAUCACACAUCCUUACUGCACGCUUACAUUCGUCCAUCUGUUCGUAUUCUAGUUUUGUGAGGUCACUAAUACAAAGUCUCUUAUAUCAUCACAGAUGCUCCUCAUGCCAACAUGUCGUCUUGUGAUGGUAAGUCAUACCAGGACGCGUGUGGUCUAGAUCACUCUCAUCAAUUUCUGGGGCUGAUUUUUAAGGAUUUUAAGGAUUAUUAAGGAUUUUAAGGAUUUUUAAGGAUUUUAAGGAUUAUUAAGGAUUUUAAGGAUUUUUAAGGAUUUUAAGGAUUAUUAAGGAUUUUAAGGAUUUUUAAGGAUUUUAAGGAUUAUAAAGGAUUUUAAGGAUUAUUAAGGAUUUUAAGGAUUUUUAAGGAUUUUAUAAAGAUUUAUGAGGAUUUUAGGGUUUUGUAUGUAUUUUAACAAUGUUCAUAUUUUUAAAGGUUUUUCAAUGAUUUGAAGGAUGGUUUUUACAAAAAGUUUUAACGACACAUGUUCUUUCUCCAUUAUUAUUUAAUCAGCGAUUGGUUAUUAAAUCCAAAAUCUUACAAUAUAAGAAUAUUAUUUUUUAUAAACUUUCAAGUUUCAAUAUUUUAAGCCACUAGGACCUGUAACACGUUUAUGUGAUUUAAAAAAAAAAUAUUUUCCCCAACCCCCCUGCCCCCUUCCCUCUUUAGACUCCUCGAGUCAGUUUUGCCACUCAUACGUUCCCCGUUCCCCAUUUUAUUUCAAACUUUCCAUAUUCCUAAAAGCAACUCAUAAAACGACUGUUGUGUCUCACCAUCUUAAGUGCCCUAUGCCUGUCUCUGUUUCCAGAGACCACAGUCUGCAGUCGGGCCCUGGUCAAUGAUGUGUGCAUGGAGAAACUCACAAACCAGGCGGACAGUGUGGCGCAGUGCUAGUGAGUCCUCAGAUGGGGUUGCCCGAUCAAAAGAUAUUACAUGUUCAUGAUUUAUGAUAUUAUGUUCAUGACGUGACCCAGUUAUAAAUGCGCAAAUAAUUUUUUAUGUUUAUUACGUGACCCAGUUAUAAAUGCGCAAAUCAUGUUUUAUGUUCAUGACGUGACCCAGUUAUAAAUGUGCAAAUCAUGUUUUAUGUUCAUGACGUGACCCAGUUAUAAAUGUGCAUAUCAUAUUUUAUGUUUCUGGCGUGACCCAGUUAUAAAUGUACAUAUCAUAUUUUAUGUUUCUGGCGUGACCCAGUUGUAAAUGUGCAUAUCACAUUUUAUGUUUCUGGCGUGACCCAUUUAUAACUGUGCGUAUCGUAUUUUAUGCUUCUGACGCGACACAGUUAUAAAUGUGCAUAUCAUAUGUUAUAUUUCUGACGUGACCCAGUAAUAAAUAUGUACAUCAUGUUUUCAUGGACGGCUUCCAGCGAAUGGGCCAAUUACCUCAACUGUGCCCAUGACGUCACGUGCACGUGCGGACUGCUGGACACCGGCAACGACUCCAGGUCUGACGCGGUGUAUGUAAAUAUAGCGAAGAUCAACUACUUGUUGUUCACACCCCCAAAAUGUAGUGAUGGUAAGCCAGUGUUGUUAUAUUUCUGUAUGUGACAGAAGGUUGUCAAGACAGUUUGUUCAAAUAGUUUUAGUGGAGUCCACUGUGUCCGAUGAACAAUUACGGACAUUGGAAACAUGUUGCUCCCACCCUCAUUAUAACACACACACGCACAUACAUACACACACACACACACACACAUACACACAAAGAAAAACAUUUUGUAGAAGGGGGAAUAAAAGACUAAAGUAUCGAGGACUAUUUUUAACAUUAAAAUAGCAUCUAGUGCAGUUUCUUGGUGCCCACCUGGUAAUAUUUUUGUGGGCGUGCCCGAAGAUUUAGACAAGUAGGUCAGGCUUACGUCAGGCUAGAACCACGCAUGGUCUGCUUAAUUUUGGAUUAGCAUUUUGUUAAGCUUAAGUUUAGGAGUGCGUACGUAGGAAGUGACGCAUCAGGAAAUUAACAACAUGAAAGCGAUGAGGACCUAUUACACAAAAGCGAUGGGGCAACAAUUACAGAAAAGCGAUGGGGCAAAAAUUACAGAAAAGCGAUGGGGCAACAAUUACAGAAAAGCGAUGGGGCAACAAUUACAGAAAAGCGAUGGGGCAACAAUUACAGAAAAACGAUGGGGCAACAAUUACACAUAAACGAUUUGUUCCCCAUCGUUUUUGUGUAAGUGUUCCCCAACGAAGAGGUAACAAUUACACAAAAACGACGGGGCACCCAUUACACAUUGACGAAGUGGUUCUAAUGGAAAACGCAUUAAAUACAUACGCAAUAAUUGUCAAUAUGUGUGUAUACUCUUUAAAUUUGGUGGAGGGUGAUGUUCUGGGACCACGUUCUGGGGUGACGUUCUGGGAUGACGUUCGGGGGUGACUUUCUGGGACCACGUUCUGGGAUGACGUUCUGGGAUGACAUUCUGGGGUGAUGUCUGGGAUGACGUUCUGGGACGACCUUCUGGGGUGACUUCUGGGGUGACGUUCUGGGACGACCUUCUGGGACGACCUUCUGGGGUGACGUUCUGGGGUGACGUUGUGAGGUGACGUUCUGGGGUAACAUUCUGGGUCUACGCUCUGGGAUGACGUUCUUGAAUGACGUUCUUGAAUGACGUUCUGGGACGACGUUCUUGAACGACGCUCUGGGACGACGUUCUUGAACGACGUUCUGGGACGACGUUCUCGAACGACGUUCUGUGACGACGUUCUGGGACGACGUUCUGGGACGACGUUCUGGGGUGACGUUCUGGGAUGACGUUCUGGGGUGAUGUCUGGGAUGACGUUCUGGGACGACCUUCUGGGGUGACGUUCUGGGAUGACGUUCUGAUGUGCCCUCUAAGCACAAAAUGAUUCAGACAUCUUAAAUUAUUGGAUUCAAAAGGAGGAUGAGUCAAACGGCCACCAUGUAUAAUAACAAGUUUAUACAUUUGAUGGAAUAGUACCAAUGAGGUAAAUUACAGAUAUAAAAAAAUGAAUAAAAAUGACCCAUCUUGACUAAAAAUUCCCGCCAAUAGCAAGAUGUGUGCAUUGGUACUUUGAAAUUUUUGGACAUUUCUUGUCCCCAGUGCUCAACGACAUCGCUCUCAGAGUGCCGGAGAUGUUGCUGAGCCCAGAUUUUCUUUGUUUCGGUGAGUACAGCCAUAACAUGGGGAGUACAACCAUAACAACAACCACCAGCAAAAAUUAGGGUGUACAACCAUCACAGCUAGCAAAAACCGUGGGGGGGGGGUGGAGAAUAUUAAAAGCCCAUCGCUUAGAUACAUGUUAAUUGUACUAGCCAUAUGGAAGAAUAGUGACUUGUCUUUCUUUUCUUAUCUUCUCCCGGGGAGAGCCCGCCGAACCUAAGCCUCUUCUUUGCCUUGGGAGACGUUGGACUGAGUUGACCAGUCGGCCGCGCCAAGUAGAGGCCAAACCCUUGGGGACACCGUUGAAGCGGGGCUUUACCUGAAGAGUUCAUUUUAGUUGGAGAAUACUCUAUCCUCUGUCCACGGGAUCAAGGGUCAAAUAAAAUCAUCGGGUCUUUAAUCACAUUUCUAAGCGAUCAGAUAUCAUAUAAUGUUAAAGAUGUAAUAAGAUAUGAUAAGAUAAGAUUCUUUUAUUGAUCCAAAUAAAUGGAAAUUUUUUUUGAUUGCAUUAUACAAGUGAUAAAGCUUGUAACUAAGUUGCGGUAUAAGCCUUCUCCUUCAGAUAUUAAGCCAACAAUGGUGGUAUCAUCAGCAAAUUUUAAGAUUGGAACGGUUUAAAUAAUAAGACUCAAUAUGCAGAUGUCCCUUCAUGGUGAUAGCGGGAUUUGGGGGGAGGGGGGAGGGGGGGGAGAGAGACUGUAAUCAGGUUAGGUAGAAGUAAAUAUGCGAAACAAAAUAUGGGAAAACAUGUAAUGAUGUUGUAUUGCCUCGUUUUUCCGGUAUCUCCAAACUUUUUUUCACGUAUUUACUUAACGGUGAUGCAUAGAGGUUUUUCCUCUAAGAUAUAAUAUAUAAACUAUGCAUAAGAUAUAGAGAGAUUUUAUAUGAAGGGAAUGUUUUCAUUAGAUGUAGAGAGAUUUUAUAUGAAGGGAAUGUUUUCAUUAGAUGUAGAGAGAUUUUAUAUGAAGGGAAUGUUUUCAUUAGAUGUAGAGAGAUUUUAUAUGAAGGGAAUGUUUUCAUUAGAUGUAGAGAGAUUUUAUAUGAAGGGAAUGUUUUCAUUAGAUGUAGAGAGAUUUUAUAUGAAGGGAAUGUUUUCAUUAGAUGUAGAGAGAUUUUAUAUGAAGGGAAUGUUUUCAUUAGAUGUAGAGAGAUUUUAUAUGAAGGGAAUGUUUUCAUUAGAUGUAGAGAGAUUUUAUAUGAAGGGAAUGUUUUCAUUAGAUGUAGAGAGAUUUUAUAUGAAGGGAAUGUUUUCAUUAGAUGUAGAGAGAUUUUAUAUGAAGGGAAUGUUUUCAUUAGAUGUAGAGAGAUUUGUUUUUGAAGAAGCUUCACAGAAGUGAAUACGUUUAAGAAGUUGCAUAAAUUUGAUAUUUAAUUAUUGUUUUUUUAAAGAUGUUAUUUAAGGAUGCUAUACAACGGUUCUCACAUUGUAUUGUGUCUUCAGACCGUGUUACAGCCAUGCCUAAACUUAUCCCAGUUGCCAAGACCCUAAUCGAAAAAGGUUAGAAAACAUUCAUUGGAUAUUGCAAGAGAAAAUAUUUUUUCUCUUUCUUCUUGUUUGAAUUUUAUCAAUUUCUUUCAAGAAUUUUUUUCUUUUGUGACCAAAUGACUCGUGGCCUGACCUCCUUGUCUCCCCGCGUCUUCAGACUUUAGAGCAGUGGUUCUCAACCUUCCUAGUGUCGUGACAGUUCUUCAUGUUGUGUUGACCCUCCCUUCAUACAAUUAUUUUCGUUGCUACUUCAUAAGCAUGUGCUUUCCGAUGGUCUUAGGUGACCCCUGUUUAAGGAUCGUUCGAGCCUCAAAGGGAUCGCGACCCACAAGUUGAGAACCUUUAGAGGGCUUUUUAUGAUAAAUUCAUCAUCAAACAGUAGGGAAUGUAUUGGGUGUAAAGUACAACACCAUCAAACAGUUGGGAAUGUAUUGUGUGUAAAGUACAACACCACCAAACAGGUUUCGAAAGAAUGUGUCCCUAGUUUAAGACAUACAUUUUACUCCCUUUGCAUAUUAAAAUAUUAUAUGUGGGUACACUAUAUUCUAAGCUUAAUAUAUGUGUUUAGUGAAAGCACACAGAAUGCUACUAUAGUAAGGACAGCAGGGAGGCAGGGGCGACAUUUGGGUAGGGAAAGGUGGGGCAUUAGCCCCCUUCCCCCUGAAUUUUUUUUUUGUUGAUUUUAUUUAAAUUGCUUUGUACUGUGGCGCCUGCAGUAAUAAACAUUAUAAACCGACCAAGGUUUGGUUUUGCCCCCCCCCCUCCCCCUAAAAUGGUGCCUCUACAAGUAGGUUAGUGAAAUCACGUAGAAUAAUGCUAUAGCUAGGACAGCAAUGAUGAUAGUCAAACCACAUAGAAUAAUGCUAUAGCUAGGACAGCAAGGAUGAUAGUCAAACCACAUAGAAUAAUGCUAUAGCUAGGACAGCAAGGAUGAUAGUCAAACCACAUAGAAUAAUGCUAUAGUUAGGACAGCAAGGGUGAUAGUCAAACCACAUAGAAUAAUGCUAUAGUUAGGACAGCAAGGAGAAUAGUGAAACAACAGAGAAUGUUGAUAUAGUUAGGACGGGCAGCAUGUGGGCCUUGAUGGGGUUGGGGGGAAAGGGGGGGGGGAAUGAUGUUGAUGAUGUUGAAAUAAUUGUUGUUUUUGUUGUUGUUUUUUGGUUAUCCUGUAUUAAAAUUUUAUUUAUUAACACUGACCCAACCACUCUUUUUUUCCCCCUUAAUCCAGCCAUUGAGUUUGAUCCCUGGCCAUCCAUUUGUCCGGCCGUGAUGCAGUGCGCGACACAGUACGACCAGUUCAAGAUUGACGCACUGAGUAAAAAGGAUUAUAUCGCCUACUGCCUGUGAGUCAUUCUAUGGGGCAUAGACCCCUGCUUUAUAGAAUGCCUACUGCCUGUGAGUCAUUCUAUGGGGCAUAGACCCCUGCUUUAUAGAAUGCCUACUGCCUGUGAGUCAUUCUAUGGGGCAUAGACCCCUGCUUUAUAGAACGCCUGCUGCCUAUGAGUCAUUCUAUGGGGCAUAGACCCCUGCUUUAUAGAAUGCCUACUGCCUGUGAGUCAUUCUAUGGGGCAUAGACCCCUGCUUUAUAGAAUGCCACUGCAUGUGAGUCAUUCUAUGGGGCAUAGACCCCUGCUUUAUAGAAUGCCUACUGCCUGCGAGUCAUCAUAUGGGGCACAGACCCCUGCUUUAUAGAAUGUCUGCUUCUUGCGAGUCAUUUUAUGGGGCACAGACCCCUGCUUUAUAGAAUACCUAUUCCACGUGAGUCUUUCUAAGGGGCAUAUAGACCCUUGCUUUAUAGAAUGCCUACUGCAUGUGAGUAACUCUAUCGGUCAUUGGCCUCCGCUUUGUUGAAUGUAUGUUGUGUAUUUCCUUAGAAUAUUGAUUGAUUGUUUUUUAAUUUAAUUUUCUUUUAAAUCUUUUAAAAAAUUUGUCACAGGCCGUUUCGUAUCUGACGUCACGUUUUCUAUUUUUACGAACUCCAUACGAAGAGCACAAUUAACACUUCCUUUGUUCUUGUGCCUUCUGGCAAAAAUCUUCUCAUCGCUAAAUGACCCACUUCCCGUCAUCCUAUCAAGCUGAAGCUUGGCAUAUAGAUUCGUUGCCGGUGACAACACAUUCUGUCCAAAUUUUCAACCCCCCCCUCCCAGCCCCACUCCAACCCCUAACCAGGUUUUUCCGUGUGUCAAGGUGAAAAUGAAUGAACUAUUAUUUAUUCAAUGGGUAUGUGUUUUGGUGUGGAGAUUAAUUGUGUACUUGUUUGCUAUGUGCUUUGUAUCUGUGACGUAUUUGGGUUUAAAUAUAUCUUUAGUCUAUUACGUUUUACAUGCACUAGGUUUGAUAAAAACCAUUCCCAUACCAAAAAAUCAGUUGCUACAAUCACAUGAAUUAUAAAUCACGUAAUGUAUAUAAAUGCAAACAAACAAAAGUAUAGAAAGGAUUUAUACGAAAAACUGUGAUGUAACGGUCGUUUCCAUAUCAUCCUCCAGAACAAGUACAAAUCUUAUCCAGUGUACUCGGACUGCACUAUGCGGGUGUGGGCUGUCAGCCGGCCCAGAGGCAAAAGCGUUGGACUCUUUCUUGCUGUCCAAGUACGGGGACUGCAGCAUUGGUGAGUCGUUCAUGAACAGUUUGAUGGGAGGCCAGGGUUAACUUGGUCUGAUGGAGUGUUGCAGCGAUUCAGGGGACUGGGUCCCCACUCCAACAGCUAAAAAACAUUCAUACACUCUCAUAAAACACAUGCAUACACUCGCGUACCCAAGUUACCCAAAUCACCCUUCCCUGUCCUCAACAUAAAAAUCGGUAAAUUCUGAAUAUUAAUUCCGUUAUUUUGAUGUCUUACUUUUCUUGUCGGUUUAAAAGAAAAUUCUCUUAUUUAAUUGUGUUCCUUUUGUCACCCUUCCUUUAUAAUGAAGGUAACAAUAAAAAUAUAUUUUUAAAAAAAACAGGGGAGGGAGGGGGGGGGGGCGGAAAAUAUCACGCUUUUUUACUUGCCAUUGGCAGUUGCUGCCCUUGGUUGACCUACAUUUCAAUGGUUUGGUUUUAAUGGGUUGAAUUACAUUUUCAGUGGUUGCAAUGGUUUGAUUUGAAUUGGUUUACCUACAUUUUCAGUGGUUGCAAUGGUUUGAUUUGAAUUGUUUGACCUAAAUUUUCAGUGGUUGCAAAGGUUUCAUUUAAAUUGGUUGACCUACAUUUUCAGUUGUUGCAAAGGUUUCAUUUGAAUUUUUUUUCAGUCAUCACCCUUGGUUCCUCCGAUUGCGGUCAUAUAGGAGAAGGGGGCGGCAUUGUGGCUGACGGUAAGAGUCGACAUCAAAAUAUGUUGGGUUUGUCAUACACGCCAUGGCUUCUGAUGUAUUAAACACAACCUAAAUUGUUAAUGGUAAAUGAUUCAUUUCAAUCAAAAUACGAAGAAAGCAAUAAUUUUAUUAAUAUUAAGAAAUAAACUUUGGACAUAUGCUGAAUUUUUUUUUUCUUCCGUUUUUUUUUUUACCAGCCCCACCCGCCGGUCCCCCAUCUAACAGCCCUCCAUCUUCUGCCCCAACAUCAAAAAGUCCAUCAGGAAUGUUACCUGAACAAAGUAAGUGUUACGUUGUGACCAAACGACAGCGGUUGUUAAGAGGAUGUGUUCUGAGAUGUCCAAACAUUGGAUCUAGUAGUACUUACAUCAGUGAAAUAGUGGUGGGGGUGGCAUAAUGUGGGGAUAUUGAGGGUUGUGACAUUAUGGUGGGUUGGUAAGGUUGUGACAUUAUGGUGGGUUGGUAAGGUUGUGGCAUUAUGGCGGUUGGUAAGUUUGUGGCAUUAUGGUGGGUUGGUGAGCGGUUGUGACAUUAUGGUGUGUUGCUGAGAUUGUGACAUUAUGGUGUGUUGCUGAGGUUGUGACAUUUUGGUGGGUUGGUGAGGUUGUGACAUUAUGGUGGGUUGGUGAGGUUGUGAUAUUAUGGUUGGUUGGUGAGGUUGUGACAUUUUGGUGGGUUGGUGAGGUUGUGACCUUAUGGUGUGUUGGUGAGGUUGUGACAUUAUGGUGGGUUGGUGACCGGUUGACAUUAUGGUGGGUUGGUGAGCGGGUGAAAUUAUGGUGGGUUGGUGAGGUUGUGACAUUAUGGUGUGUUGGUGAGCUUGUGACAUUAUGGUUGGCUGGUGAGCGGUUGACAUUAUGUUGGGUUGGUGAGCGGGUGAUAUUAUAGUGGGUUGGUGAGGUUGUGACAUUAUGGUGUGUUGGUGAGGUUGUGGCAUUAUGGUUGGUUGGUGAGGUUGUGGCAUUAUGGUGGGUUGGUGAGGUUGUGACAUUGUGGUGGGUUGGUGAGGUUGUGACAUUGUGGUGGGUUGGUGAGGUUGUGACAUUGUGGUGGGUUGGUGAGGUUGUGACAUUGUGGUGGGUUGGUGAGGUUGUGACAUUGUGGUGGGUUGGUGAGCGGGUGACAUUAUGGUGGGUUGCUGAGGUUGUGGCAUUAUGGUGGGUUGGUGAGGUUGUGUCAUUAUGGUGGGUUGGUGAGGUUGUGACAUUAUGGUGGGUUGUGAGGUUGUGACAUUAUGGUGGGUUGGUGAGGUUGUGUCAUUAUGGUGGGUUGGUGAGGUUGUGACAUUAUGGUGGGUUGUGAGGUUGUGACAUUAUGGUGGGUUGGUGAGGUUGUGACAUUAUGGUGGGUUGGUGAGGUUGUGACAUUAUGGUGGGUUGGUGAGGUUGUGUCAUUAUGGUGGGUUGUGAGGUUGUGACAUUAUGGUGGGUUGUGAGGUUGUGACAUUAUGGUGGGUUGGUGAGGUUGUGACAUUAUGGUGGGUUGGUGAGGUUGUGACAUUAUGGUGGGUUGGUGAGGUUGUGGCAUUAAGUCGGAGGUGCAGGAAAGGUAAGUGGUUUGAGGAUGGCAUGGCAUAAUGACAGAUUGAUGGAGGAAUAGGAUAAUGAUAAGGCGAGAUGGUGACUUUAAGGAAUAGCGUAUCGAUGGCAGAAGGGUUUUGCAGAGAUAUGGAAGUGCAGGGUGAGAUAAUAAUGAGAAAACAGAUUCAAAGUGUGAUUAACUGAAUAAUUUCUUGUAGCAAUGUUUCAUUCAUCAAACCGUGACUAACUUUGUCAUUUGUUGUAACAAUGUUGCAAUCAUCAAACCAUAACUAACUUUGUCAUUUGUUGUAACAAUGUUGCAAUCAUCAAACCGUGACUAACUUUGUCAUUUGUUGUAACAAUGUUGCAAUCAUCAAACCAUAACUAACUUUGUCAUUUGUUUUAACAAUGUUUCAUUCAUCAAACCGUGACUAACUUUGUCAUUUGUUGUAACAAUGUUGCAAUCAUCAAACCGUGACUAACUUUGUCAUUUGUUGUAACAAUGUUGCAAUCAUCAAACCAUAACUAACUUUGUCAUUUGUUUUAACAAUGUUUCAUUCAUCAAACCGUGACUAACUUUGUCAUUUGUUGUAACAAUGUUGCAAUCAUCAAACCAUAACUAACUUUGUCAUUUGUUUUAACAAUGUUUCAUUCAUCAAACCGUGACUAACUUUGUCAUUUGUUGUAACAAUGUUGCAAUCAUCAAACCAUAACUAACUUUGUCAUUUGUUUUAACAAUGUUUCAAUCAUCAAACCGUGACUAAAUUUGUCAUUUGUUGUAACAAUGUUGCAAUCAUCAAACCGUGACUAACUUUGUCAUUUGUUGUAACAAUGUUGCAAUCAUCAAACCAUAACUAACUUUGUCAUUUGUUUUAACAAUGUUGCAAUCAUCAAACCGUGACUAACUUUGUCAUUUGUUGUAACAAUGUUUCAUUCAUUAAACCGUGACUAACUUUGUCAUUUGUUGUAACAAUGUUUCAUUCAUUAAACCGUGACUAACUUUGUCAUUUGUUGUAACAAUGUUGCAAUCAUCAAACCAUAACUAACUUUGUCAUUUGUUUUAACAAUGUUUCAUUCAUCAAACCGUGACUAACUUUGUCAUUUGUUUUAACAAUGUUUCAUUCAUCAAACCGUGACUAACUUUGUCAUUUGUUGUAACAAUGUUGCAAUCAUCAAACCAUAACUAACUUUGUCAUUUGUUGUAACAAUGUUUCAUUCAUUAAACCGUGACUAAAUUUGUCAUUUGUUGUAACAAUGUUGCAAUCAUCAAACCGUGACUAACUUUGUCAUUUGUUUUAACAAUGUUUCAUUCAUCAAACCGUGACUAACUUUGUCAUUUGUUGUAACAAUGUUGCAGUCAUCAACCCUUGACUAACUUAGUCAUGUCUUGUAACAAUUUUUCAGUCAUCAAACCUUGACUAACUUAUUCAUGUCUUGUUACAAUGUUUCAGUAACUACAACAAAAGCGUCCGUCGGUGGUUUUGUAUUUGGUCGGAAUGUUGGUAAGUCAAGAAAUCAUGGCCGGAGAAAUAACAUACUACUUAUACUAAGACUUACUUACUACUUACUCCACAUAAUACAUACUACUUACUCUACUUUCAGCUUACUCUAUUAAACACACAAAAAACAUGUGACAUUCUUUAUUGUAGAUAUUGUUGUAUUUUUAGGUUCAUCAUUGAUCUCUUUAGAAAUAUCUUGGACAGAUACACGUUUUUUAGCGAUUCCAUUUCAGUUACCAUGACAACGUAAUUGUAUUGUUUUUCUGUUAACAGGCUCCGAACGAGGUCGGCCUGGUGCUGAAUUGAUCUUAGGCCUGAUUGUGACAACGAUGACCUGCUUUUUGAUAGUCAUGUAAUAGUAGCUUGUAUCACCUUGCUUGUUGUUGUUUUUUUUUUUUGUUUUUUUUCGCAUUUUGAGUUUCGGAGAUGUCUUCAUGGGACAUUUUCUUGUGUUAUUUAUUUGAAAACAUGGUUGUGGGGAUUAGGCUAUUUUUGUGUCUUAAGUAAACCGAAUGUUGGAGAGUUUAGCAUGAUAACUUAGAAAAGUGGUUCUUAGCCUUUUUGGAGGUACCGAACCCCACCAGUUUCAUAUGCGCAUUCACCGGACCCUUCUUAAUAGUGAAAAUGAAAUAGGAUUUUUUUUUUCCUGAUUUUUUUUUUUUUUUUUUGACCUCCGCCGAACCCCUGAGAUUCUUUGCUUUUUUGGAGGUACCGAACCCCACCAGUUUCAUAUGUGCAUUCUCCGGACCCUUUUUAAUAGUGAAAAUGAAAUAGGAUUUUUUUUUUCCUGAUUUUUUUUUUUUUUUUUUGACCUCCGCCGAACCCCUGAGACUGACUCACCGAACCCCCUGGUGUUUGAUCGAACCCAGGUUAAGAACCACUGACUUAGAAUGUUUCUAGAAAGCCAGUUACAUUAAAAUAAGUUCGUUUUCUAAUGUUGUUUCCCGAGAAAAAUCUUUGACAAAGUUAAAGUCUUAUUUAUUUAUUUGUUCACUGUUCAUAAAUAACAGCAAUGUAGUCAACGUCAACAAGAGCGUAAAUAACAUCAAUGUAGUCAACGUCAACAAGAGCGUAUGUUGGCAAGAAAAAAACAGGUUAGAAUGCAAAACAAUUCGUCGAUACCCAAAUGCCGUCUGUCAGCGUCAGUUAAUCCAAUCAUUGUCACUGAUGACUUAAUGUCAUUGUUUUGAUUUCAAUUUUGUUUCGUGUUGAAUAACUUUGUAUAUUGAGAUAUUUUUUUUUAAUGUCUGAUUUUUCUGGAAAUAAAAGAAAUAUAUAGUUUAAUAAUUUUUUUUUUCAAAUGUUAAUCUGUGC